CACAUAAUGGGGGCCGAUAGCGCGGCUUUAGUUUCCUCAUUCGUCACGCGCACCCAGCCCGGCCUUGGGUGUGAGCGAGCUUUGUUCGCACUAAAGACCAGCGGCAACCCCGCAGGACUACCCCAGCCGGCGUGGGCAGGGGCUCAGCCCGGGCGGGGCCCGCGAUGGGCAGGGCUUCUCCCGCGCCGCCUAGGGAACCGGGUUCCAGGCUCCUGACGGCGUCUCAGUUGCCAGGGGAACCGGGGCGGCGCGCUUUCCGGCGCAGUCGUGCGCGGCGCAGCUGUCAUGGCGGAGGCCAUCUGGAGCAGUGACACCGGAGAGGCCGUGUACCGCUCUCGGGACCCCGUGCGCAACCUCCGCCUCCGAGUCCACCUGCAAAGAAUCACAUCAAGCAACUACCUCCAUUGCCAGCCUGCUGCCCAACUGGGGAAGGAUCUCAUAGACUUGGCCACUUUUAGGCCUCACCCAACGGCCAGUGGACACCGCCCAGAGGAAGAAGAAGAAGAGGAGGUUGUGAUUGGGUGGCAAGAGAAGCUCUUCAGCCAGUUUGAAGUAGAUCUGUACCAAAAUGAAGCAGCCUGUCAGAGCCCUUUGGAUCAUCAAUACCGUCAAGAGAUUCUAAAGCUGGAAGAUUCAGGUGGCAGGAAGAACCGACGGAUCUUUACCUACACUGACUCUGAUAGAUACACCAAUUUGGAAGAGCACUGUCAGAAAAUGACCACCGCAGCCAGCGAAAUGCCAUCCUUCUUGGUCGAGCGAAUGGCAAAUGUCAGGCGGCGACGGCAGGACAGGCGAGGGACGGAAGGUGGCAUACUUAAGUCACGAAUCGUCACUUGGGAGCCCUCAGAAGAAUUCAUCAAGAACAACCAUGUCAUCAACACUCCUCUUCAGACCAUGUACAUCAUGGCAGACCUGGGGCCCUAUGGAAAGCUUGGCUAUAAGAAGCAUGAACAUGUCCUCUGUACUCUGAAGGUGGACAGCAAUGGAGUGAUCACAGUAAAACCUGACUUCACUGGCUGCAAAGGACCCUACAGAAUCGAGACAGAGGGGGAGAAGCAGGAGCUGUGGAACUAUACGAUCGACAAUGUGUCUUCCCUCGCCCAGCCUGAGGAGGAGGAGCGGGAACAGCGCGUGUUCAAGGACCUCUACGGCCGGCACAAGGAGUAUCUCAACAGCCUCGUGGGCACUGACUUUGAGAUGGUGCUUUCCCCCUACGUUACGCAUUUGAGAAAUGAAGGAAACAGAUCUGUGGAGAAACAGCAGACCGCACCAGGUGCCCUCCGGCUCUUCGUGAAUGGAGAGGUGGUUUCAGCCCAAGGCUAUGAGUAUGACAACCUCUACGUCCACUUCUUUGUGGAGUUGCCAACUUCUAACUGGUCAAGCCCAGCGUUCCAGCAGCUCUCAGGAAUAACACAGACCUGUGCCACCAAGUCCCGGGGGAUGGAUAACGUGGCCUACUUCUCCUACCCUUUCACAUUCGAGGCCUCCUUCCUCCACGAGGACGAAUCUGUCGAUGCGCUCCCAGAGUGGCCCGUGCUCUACUGCGAGGUCGUCUCGCUGGACUUCUGGCAGCGGUACCGCGUGGAAGGCUACGGGGCUGUGGUGCUGCCCGCCACCCCAGGCUCUCACACCCUGACGGUCUCCACCUGGAGGCCCCUGGAGCUCAGCCCAGUGGCUGAACUGCGGAGGUUUUUCAUUGGUGGCUCUCUGGAGCUGGAGGACCUCUCCUACGUGUGGAUACCAGGAACCUUCAAGGGGGAGCGUCUGAGCCGCUUCGGGCUCCGCACCGAGACCACAGGCAGCGUCACCUUCCGCCUGCACUGUCUGCAGCAGUCCCGGGCCUUCAUGGAGUCAAGUUCCCUCCGGAAGAGGAUGCGGAGUGUGUUGGACCGUCUGGAGGGAUUCAGCCAGCAGAGUUCCAUUCACAAUGUGCUGGAGGCCUUCCGGCGAGCCCGGCGCCGUAUGCAGGAGGCCCGAGAAAGCCUCCCCCAGGACCUUGUGAGUCCCUCGGAAACCUCAGUCUCCUAGCUUUUUGCAGCCCUGGCCUCUGUGAUGAGUGAUACCCACCAUGGCCCGGGCCCUGCCACCUCUUCGUCUUUCUGGUUAGAGACCCCACUGACCUGCUGAGAACCAGAGGAGCUGAGAAUCCUGACCCCCCCACCUGCUCUUCAGCUGCCAAAUGCCCACAGGUGGUCGCCUCUUGAUAUGUCAGCCCCUGCACGUGCCCCUUCACAAGAGGACAGGUGUUUCAGGGUUGAGACCCGUUUGGGGGUAAGGCCAGAGUCACUUCUGUCCUCAGCACUACCUGCUCUCUGGCCUGUCUCUGGGUCUCGGGGGCAGAGCGCCGCGGUCCGUCCUGCUCUGCACCUGCUGCACACAUGGGGGCCCAAGAGAGAAGGCAGGCGAGGGAGGUCUUCUAUCCCCAGCCCAGGAGCCCACCUCCUUUUCCUGCCGGGGGGCUGGCUGCCAGAGUAAAUGAAGGCUGAAGGCAGUCCUUUCUGCUAGCUGGCUAGUGGCUUUUAUUGUGUUUUUUGUACAUAAAAACGUUUUCUACCAUCUGA